AUGGCUGUGGGCUUUCAAAACCAAGGGAAUUCUUGUUCAGCCAACAGUGCUUUACAGUGCGUUGCACACACUCCGGAGCUCUCUAGCUUCUUCUUGAAAUCAGACAGCGUAAGAGGUGAGAUAGUAAUCGAGUUUAGGAAAGUGGUGAGGGCGAUUUGGAAUAACGCAAGCAAGUCUGUAAAACCAGGGCCAAAGCUGACAAAUCCGAGCGUCCAGCAGGACGCACAGGAGUAUCUCGAUUUUCUUUUGGGUGCCCUGGAUCAGGAAUUCAAGAAGCAAGAGAAUCCCCCUAAAGGAAAAAAGGUGCGGCCAGAGCUCCCCUCUCCAGUCGCAGAUUUCUUCGAGGGCCAAACCAAAUCCACAGUGAAAUGCCCGAAGUGCUCCAACAUGGUCUCCUCCACGCCUGAAUCUUUCACCUCUCUCUCGCUGCCAGUCCAUGAGACGGCGCAGCCGGUUUCUCUGGGAUCAUGCAUCCGGGAGUACACCAAAGACGAUGUUUUGGAUUCCUGGCACUGCCCAAAGUGCAAGAGAAACCAAAAGGACGCUGUCAAGAAACUGGAGCUUGGGAAGCUCCCACGGAAUUUAAUCCUCCAUUUGGCAAGGUUUAAGUGCGAUUCUUCGGGGAGUGUGGAGAAGAUCGACACUACGGUGGAGUUUCCACAGAUUUUGACACUUUGCGAACAGGAGUACAAACUGUAUGGAUUGAUUAACCAUAUGGGGGACUCCGACUAUGGGCACUACACGGCAACCAUCAAACUUCCAAAUGGAAAGUGGUACAGCUUUGACGAUGAGGUGGUGGAAGAGAUUUUUGAGCUAUCGAGGUGCUCGAGCGAUGCAUACAUUUUGUUCUAUCACAAAACAAGUGUGUAAGAAUUACAGUACAUAUUUAUACGA